ACUUUUUCUUUGCUUUAUGCGGCUGCUUCUGGUAUCCCAUUGGAACUUCGGCCUGUGAUUUAUACGGGACCCUCCACACACGUCGACAACUUCCAAAGGAAAACACCCCCAAUCAACUCACUCCGCCCAAAGGAUCCUUUUCUUUUUUUUCUUUAUUCUUUUUUGUUAAUCUAAUUCUCCUGUCUCCUUCGGAUCUGGUACUUGACCUGAACCCUUGAGGACCACCGAACUUUUGGAGAGCCCCCCUACAAGUCGCUUAACAUGCAGCACCAUGCCCCGUACGGAUAUCCCACUCCCCCGGCCUCUCCCGCGUACGACAACCCCAAGUGCAACGUCCAACAGCCCUUUGCGACACGCACUUUCCAGCCCCGAUGUGUACCCCUUGCCCCAGAGCAGCGUUUAGGACGUCUUCUCGAGGGUAAGCUUCAGCUCACUGAUAUCCUGGGUACCGGCGCAUAUGGUGUCGUCUACACUGCCCUGGAUAUCAACACUGGAGUUAGGUAUGCUGUCAAGUGCCUGAGCAAGUACAAUGCCGACGGAACACCACUGGAACGCCGCCAGAUUGCCUACCAGCAGCGAGAGAUUCGCCUGCACUACCAUGCAUCGGCACACCCAAAUGUGGUGUCCAUGUUGAAGAUUGUCGAUGAUCCUGACUGCAUCUAUGUUAUUCUAGAGUACUGCCCUGAGGGUGAUCUAUUCUUGAAUAUCACUGAGCGCGGCCAGUACGUUGGUAAGGAUGAACUCUCUAAGAAGGUGUUCCUUCAGAUUCUGGAUGCCGUUGAGCACUGCCACAACUUGGGUAUCUACCACCGGGACCUUAAGCCUGAAAACAUUCUGGUCACCGACAAUGGAGAGACCGUCAAGCUGGCCGACUUUGGACUGGCCACCAGCGAGGACCGCUCCGAGGACUACGGAUGCGGCUCAACUUUUUACAUGAGCCCAGGUAAAUAUAAUCAACCAUUUCACCAAGACGACAACACGCAAUUGGCUAACGGAGACGACUUUGCAGAGUGCUUGGACCCUUCCGCGAGAAAGCCCUACUACAUGUGUGCCCCCAAUGACGUCUGGAGUCUAGGAGUCAUCCUAGUUAACCUGACUUGCGGACGCAACCCAUGGAAGCAGGCUUCCUUUCAAGACUCCACCUACCGCGCAUAUGUUCGCUCACAGGACUUUCUCAAGACAAUUCUCCCCUUGACUGAUGAGCUCAAUGACAUUUUGGGACGCAUCUUCAACCCCAACCCCGAGCACCGGGUGACUCUCUCUGAGCUGCGCAACAGGAUCAUUGCUUGUUCCCAGUUCACCGUGCCAGCAGUGCCCACCAUGACCCUGCCCACACCCACUUCCACCCAAGACCAAUACGUUUCCAACGAGGACGCCAUAGUCGAUGACUAUGACUGCGACUCGGCCCUCUCGCCUGUUUCGACGUCGUCUAACGAAGGCUCACUCAUCUCGAGUGUGUCGACCCUUGAUGACCUUGAUGAGGAUGAUGAGGAUGAAGACUGCAUGGCAGAUCAGCAGGACUUGCCUCGGGAAUACAUUCCCCAAACAUACGAGCCAGAGGACUUUGGCGAGCAGCAACCCGUGUACCACGGCCACGAGUACGUCCCACAGCAGUACACUGGCCCUGUGCCCGUCCCUGUUCUGCAUGCUCCCAUUGUUCCCGUCCCUGUGGUGGCAGCGCCCAUACAGCACAUGCCCUGCCAGCAAGUCCCGAUUCCCAUUCAGGCACCCAUUCCUGUACAACCUGCUUGCCAACCCAAGUCCUUCUUCCCACUAUGGGAAGUGGUCAAAUACGUUCAGCAGGUGCCAAUGAUGCAGCAUCCUGUACCUUUCCACCAACAGGUGUCUUUCUUAUCAUCCCUCCCUGGCUGCUACUAA